AUGAAACGAAAAGAUAUUCAUUCCUGGCUCAGCGGGGUUCCAGAACAGAAUCCAACCCCUCCUGCAACUCCACCAGCCAACAUCGACGGUGGCCAUCAUACCAAACGGCAAAAGAUGUCGCAGAGGGGAAAAUCAACUUCCCGGAAACGCAGGAUUCAGGAUGACACAACUAGCUCGAUCACUGAUCUUACCGAACGUACCAGGUUCGAUCCUUCCAUUCAGAGCUCAUCUGGAACCUCACGACAACGAAGCCCUGUGCGAGACCUACUUAAUGAGCUCCCUCUGUCAAGCCCAUCUAUCCACUGCACUCGGCCGAAGUCUGUACCACUUCCUGAUUCCGUCCGUUCCCUUCGGCAGGUUCUCGGUCUUGAUUUCGGCGUCAAGCUGAUUCCAGCUCCGCUCAAGGAUAAAAUCCGUUCCGAAGCCCCUGACGAAGCCAUAGACAUUCCAGACGCCGCGUUUUACGAUGCUGUCAAUGCGACACCAGAUGAACUCGAUGCAUUGUGGCUGGAUGUGACGGAAAUAUACAAUGAGGCGGCGGAGGCCGAGGAGCAUGGGCAGGAUGAGAAUGCUUGGGGCACUGGAGUAGUCCAGGCGAUCCUCCGAAGAGGCGUCAAGCGCCACCCCAUUCUUCAGUGGAAAAACGUACAAACACAGAGCAUCGACCCCGGUCUCCUACCACGCCUACCGCACAAGAAUGCAGUGAGCAAGAAGGUUGAUUACACAUUUGCAUUUUCCAUCCGAGACCCACAAGUGAAAGACAUAUAUAACAACUUUUGGAACACCUUUCCAGAUCAAACAGUCAGCCAGACAACAGACCCUUUUACAAAACGUGUUGCUCUCUUUUCGGGAAUUGAAGUAAAACAGUCGAAUGGCGGUAGCACGGAGGCACUGGUGCAACUCGCAAUCUGGUUAGCUGCUGGGUUAGAGAAGUUGUCGCACUUACAAGGUCUCCAUGGGGAGAAAUCAGAUAGUCACGUGCUUCUACCAGCCAUUGGGUGGACAGUCAUAGGGCAUGACUGGAACCUAUAUAUUGCCUUCAGAGGUUGCUUUGAAGGACAAGACAGAAUCUAUGUGGACGGGCCUGUCGAAAGCCUCAGCGCCAGUACACGCACAUACUACGGCAUUUUUAAGCUAAUAGAUCUCGUUCGCAGGCUGUCAUCAUAUGCCGAAGAGGUGUAUUGGCCAUGGAUGAAAUCAGAGAUAUUGACACCACCAGCGGAUACGGACCGAGGAAUGUAA